AUGAAUGGCGAGAUCGCCGCCGCGAACCCGCGGUUGGCUUCCCCGGCCUCCCAAAAUGCCUCCGCCCUACAGGGCGCCUCCGUCGCCUUUCGACAAUCCCGUCCAGCUGCCAAUGUGAAUAAACCACCUUCUGCUGCUGCCGCAGCCGCCGUGGCCAGCAGUUGGAAUCGCCAUGCGGAGUCCCAUCACGCAGACAUGGAUUCGGAACCCGGCCCUGAAGUUGGCUCUGUGCGGGACAAGAUUGGAAGAUGGACGACAAAUAACCUCGUCGCGCCGAGCAGCGAGCCCAUCGCCAGGGGGCGAACACCAUCUUCAUCAUUAUCACCAAAACCAGCACCCGAACAGAUUGCUGCUCGUCUAGCUGCAUCAAGGUCUCCUGCUCGGCGACAAGAAGCGUCGUCCGCGGCAGCCGCCGCCAGACUGGGUGCGAUGCGUAGUGCCAGCACGGCACCCCCACCAUCACGACCUCCUGAAGAACGACGAGAACUACGAUCCCCAACUCCAAUCCGUCCGAAUCCACCCAUUAAAAGCCCGGUCGAUGUCAUGCUGCAGGAUGAUCCCCCAGCGUUCGACCCUGACCCCAACACCCUCCGGCGCCCGCCAUCCGUGCAAUCCAAGGCCAGCAGCGUAUCUAAAGCAAGCAGUGUUUAUGGUCGAGCUCCGAGCCCUCAUCCGUCCAUCUCUUCGCGAUUAUCGUCUACCCAGAAUGAUGAUUUCAAACCGAAACUCCCUCCCCGAACCCCUACAAACCCCUCCUCUGCGUCCUCGAUCAAGUCCUCCGCUGGGUCGAUCAAGAAGAAACCGGUUGGCAGUGGAACUAUGAAUCGUGCGAGUACCCCCAGUAUGGGAUCAAUAUCGGUAGCGUCGCACAACAGCAGCUCCAGUGCAUUGCAUGAGCCGAGUGGGAUGAGCGAGGAAGCCCUGUCCAAUGCAAUUGUCGCGUCGUCGUUAGCGUCGGCUCGCGCAUCACCCGUCUCCAAGCUCGCGCCACCUCCUCCACCGCAACGACGACGGGCGCGAUCUCGGUCCCUUCUGCAGCAGCUAGCACAUUCAGAUAAGAGUGAUGUAUCUCGCACACCAAGCCCGCCUAAGGGCAUGCCGCAGACCCUUCGCGGCUUGCCGAAGCCCGACGAUGCCGAUGACCGUCACCGGCAUCGAAUGCACCUCCUCCACAAGCACCCCCACAAACACCACGAGGGCGAUCGCAAGCGAUGGCGACGAGAGGUGACUGAGAAGGAGCGCAAACGCUACGAAGGCCGAUCGGUGGCCGCCCCCUCGGAGAUGGUGCUCAACCUUGUCGUACGGGAGAUCUGGUCCCGCAGCCGCCUGCCACCCACCAUCCUGGAACAGGUGUGGGAGCUCGUGGAUCACCAGCGCGUCGGGUUGCUGACGAAAGAGGAAUUCGUGGUUGGAAUGUGGUUGAUCGACCAGCAGCUCAAGGGCCACAAGUUGCCGACCAAAGUACCGGAGAGCGUUUGGGACAGCGUGCGGUAUGUGACGGGCAUCAAGUUGACGACGACUGGCAGCAGGGCGUAUCCGUAG